UGGUUUCCUCGCUUAAGAUUGACAGUGAAUAGUCGCUCGCUGCGGGGAGGUGUAUCUAGAGAAAGAAAACUUCUGAGGCAGUUAUCUUCCUCAGUUUUCAAAUCUGGUUACUACAGUUCUGUAUGCUUUGGACACCACGGGAAAAGAAGCAGGGAGGUCCGAAGAAGAUUUACGCGUCGAAAAAGAUAAUAUAGGAGGAAUAUUUAUAUUUAAUGGCUGCUGGGGAUGGUUCCCAGCUGCCGGCGACUAUAGCGGCCAGCCGGAGCGUGGAGAAAGCGCUCGAGGAGGCCGCCUCGAGCGGGGUUCUCAACCUGUCUAAUCGCAAACUGAAGGAGUUUCCCCGAACCGCCAAGAACCACGACUUAUCCGAUAUCACUCAUGCAGACUUGUCAAAGAAUCGUCUAUGUGAACUGCCUGAGGAGCUCUGCCAGUUCAUCUCCUUGGAAACACUUAGCCUGUACCAUAACUGCGUUCGCUCCAUUGCCCCAGCUGUCUGCAACCUCCAGGCCCUCACCUACCUCAAUAUCAGCCGUAACCAGCUAUCCAGUCUGCCCGAGUCCGUGUGUCAGCUCCCCUUGCUGCGGGUACUCAUCGUCAGCAACAACAAGCUCACCUCGCUGCCGACCUCCAUACACAGCCUCACUCACCUGCGGCAGCUGGAUGUGAGCUGUAAUGAGCUCCAGGGGCUACCUGUGGAGAUGGGGCAGCUGGAGGCUCUGCGGGACCUGAACCUGAGGAGGAACCAGCUUACCACCCUGCCUGAAGAGCUCUCAGAGUUACCCCUUGUUCGCCUGGACGUGUCCUGCAACCGUGUCUCUCGGGUCCCCGUGUGCUACCGCCACCUCCGCCACCUUCAGACCAUUGCCCUCGACAACAACCCCCUACAGUCGCCGCCCGCCCAGAUUUGCUCUAAGGGAAAAUUCCACAUAUUCAAGUUCCUGAAUAUUGAGGCAUGUAAGACAACGCAGGAAGAGCUAGAGAGAGCACUGAGACCCACAGGCUUCAACACCUGCCUAUCAGACCAGGAGCUGUUUCCUCCGCGACAGUACAGUGGUUUGGACUCUGGAUUCAACAGUGUAGACAGUGUCAGUAAACGAUGGUCAGGGAAUGAGUCUGCAGAUGAUUUCUCUGAGCUGUCUUUGAGGAUGGCAGAGAUUUCGCGGGACCAGAGGAACCUGCAGGAGGAGGGUGAGCGGGACCCUCUGGCAGGGAGAGUGCCGUCAGUGAAUGGUGUGGUGGAGCAGCUGGAUUUCACAGAGGAAGAACCCAGUGCUGCAUCUCUGCAGGAGAGAAGCGAGACACUUCCUCACAGUUUGGACUCGUCUCCAAACAGCCGCAGGUCCAGUGCAAGCGGAGACGUUAGUGAUAGGGGCUCAUCAACCACCCCGUCCAGCCAGUCCCCUGAGGAGCGCCGUCGGCCUGGCACCCUGCAGAUCUGGCAGGAACGGGAACGGGCACAGCAGCAGAGGGAGAAAGCGAGAGAUAGCAGCUUAUUGAAGCCAGCAGCAAAAACAGGAAGUCAUGCAGCCGCAGCAGCAGCCCAGACAGGAAGCACAGGGGGUGGAUCUCCAGAUACCAGGCCCUCAUCCAAUGGCCUUCGGCAAAGAUGUUCAAGUGCACAGAAUAUGGAGCAAGCGGCGUCUCGUUCUCCCAGCUUGCGGCGCUCAGGCAGCCGACCAGAGGUACCGCUGUCUCCGAAGGCCAGCUCCCCUACGGGAACGAGCCAGAAGCCCAGCAGCUUCCUGUUCCGUGCCACGUCUCGCUGUAAUGUGAAAACUUCAGGCUCGGUGCAAUGUCUAGCAGAGUCUGGCCGUAGUGAUUCCAAGCCCUCGCUGCGCUCAGCCCGAGAAGAUAAGCAGGACAUCACACAGCUUCGCAAGACUCUAGAGUCUCGGCUGAAGAUCUCUCUCCCAGAAGACCUGGGCGAGACACUGUCCAACGGUACCAUUCUCUGCCAGUUGGUCAAUCACAUCCGCCCACGUGCAGUGUCAAUCAUCCAUAUACCGUCCCCUGCUGUGCCAAAGCUCAGCACCGCAAAGUGUCGCCUCAAUGUGGAAAACUUCAUCGCCGCCUGCCGCAAGCUGGGCGUCCCAGAGACGGAGGUGUGUUUGUCUUCUGAUGUGUUGCACUGUAACCCGCGUGCUGUACUACGCGUCGUGGAGGCUUUGGUGGCCCUGGGUCGGGAUGGGCCAUCUCGGGACGUCCGCCUCAUCGCCUCCCUGCUCUCUCCUGGCUUCCUGCUCUUCUACUGCCUGGCCAUGGGCCUGCUGUACCUGCUGUACUGCCGCCUUGCUGCCUAAAACACACACUGAGUCACACCCAGCUGCACACCAAUGCACACUUUAGGAAGGUUUCUACACGCUUGCACGGAGCCGGCAUGUGCAGACCUACGAGCUCUGUGUGCUGAGGUACUGGAGAGAGACGCAGUGCCCUGCACUGGCUUCACGGGGCCCACGGGCCAGAUGUUCACAAAGAGCCAGUGCUGAGGUGCAGUUAGGCUCAGCUGGGCAGGUGUGCCUGUAGUCUACCAUCUCUUAUGAUAAGUCCCACAUGCAGCACACAGGCCACUGCAGCUACUCUUCACUUAGGCACCAAAUAUAUAGGAGGUCUGAGAUGAUAAUUGAAAAAAAUCAUCUGUUAAUCAUUGUGGAAACAACAUAAUUUUCAAGCCCUUGCAGCACAAGUAAUUUAGUUUUUCUUGUGAGCUUGAACUGCAGGUAUGGAUCUAUUUUACAGGGUUAAAAAUCAAACUAGUUGCUUCUUCAAAAGUUAAUAAUGAACUGGUCUGUUUACACUAGUGUCUCUCAGCACAGUCUUUGGGGACCCACAGACGGUCCACAUUUUCGCUUCCUCCCAACUCCCUGCCAGGCAGUCCAUAUUUUUGCUCCCUCCCAGCUUCCGGUGGCAAAAACAUGGACUGUCGGGGGGUCCCUGAGGUUUAAGAAACACUUAUGUACAAUGCCCCAGUUUGCUACCCUUGAUUUACUCCACUGACUCUUUUUUUCAAAUGAAUAUGAACUGUGACCAGAAGGGGGCGAUGUUUGCAUACUCAGUUCCCUGAACACAUUGUAAUUAGAAGGUACAGAGUCACUUCCAAGCUUGUAAGAUUUUUUUCACCAUGUGUAAAAUUUAAAAACUUAAGUUAUUUUAUUUUUAUUUAUUUAAUGCUACCAAGACGUUUUAGGAGGUAGUGGAUGCUUUGCAUUUCUCUUAACUACUGUGUUGUAGUGAUCACAAUUAUUGGUUUUCAGUUACUGCAAAACCCUCAAUAUUUCAGGUAGUGAUAUUCUUUAACUGGCCAUUUAAAGUCAGUGUCUUACUGUGAACAGCAGCACUGUUUUUAUUUUUGAGAAUCUUCUGAGCUGCAGGGUCUAUUACUGAGUGGUUCCACAAUCCAACCAAUGUACCGGUGCUGGGGCACUUAUAGGGCUAAUGGUCUGCCCACUCAGUUACUCUUGCAGUAUAGACAUUAUAGUUAUUGAAACAUCUAAGUUCUUCCCCUCAAUGAGUGUUUAUCAAUUCUAAUUACCUACAUAGCUGACAGUGUAAUGUAACAGCUCUACUUGCGCAGAGUGGAGUCAGAUUGUUAUUCAGGUGUUCAUGUCAUUAAUCAGCGAGACAUUCCUGAAAUCUAGCCAGAGGGUAAAUGCAAUACUGCAUACAUUACAACACUCCUUUAACUAAAAGAAUUUGGGUAGCCCUCCGCCACCCGAUCUUUAAGGACUGCAUCACAUCAGGUCACCUCCGUCUUCUGUAAAAUCUGAUUCUAUGCUGUAUAGUCUCUAGAAGCUUCACACAGCCUUUUUGGGCCAUUGCAGUCCUUUAGACAAUUAACGUUUGCAAUGGAAGCAUGGAGACAGAGAGCAGCUGUGAUGUUGUGAAGGUAGUCUUUGCCACACUGGUGGAGAGUACUGUCCUAGGACAUUGGUUAAGUGUUUGCUUUUAUCUUUGUUGCAUCAUUUUUAAAUAAUCAGUUGUUUGGAUCCAGUCUUUAAAAUUGACAACCAAAUGCUAGAGUUUUGACGCAAAUCUAACUGAGCUUUGCAGCCACUAAGCCUUGCAACCACAGAUGGAUAAAUGUCUUAUGUGCUGAUUAAAUUAACCCAUUGCAGAGAACUUGUAUUUUGUAAUAUUUAUAUCUAUGUAUUUAAUGAGAAGUUUAAAAGAAUCUGAGUUUAUAUAAAUAUAUGCUGUUUCUUUUAUUGUAAAGAAUAUAUCAAAAAGCACCUCUUUGAUUAAAAAGCUCCAUGUUCCA